AUGUCUAUGAGAAGCUUCCAGAGAGGUUUCCAGCAGGCGGCCCGGAACUUGGAGAGAACUAAGCCUCUUCGGUUCAGAGACUUUAAGUCUAUCAAGUUACGGCCUCCAAUUGUUCCCACACACAAGAACUUCGAUGUCUCUCCUGACCAUCCUUUGUGGGCUUUUUUUCCAGAUGGAAGCAACUCAGACACCUGUUUCAGAACACCAGAUCAAUUACCAUCUGAUUCACGUGCGUGGACGAUGUCUGAAUUGCGCAGAAAAUCCUUUGAUGACUUGCACAAGAUCUGGUACUUAACCUUAAAGGAGAGAAACGUGUUAGCCAGAGAGGUUAGGUUGGCACAAUCCAUUGACUUUAUGAAUACAUCGAGAUACGAUGAGAUUGACAACAAGUUGAAGUUGACCCAAAAGAGAAUCAAACAAACUCUAUUAGAGAGGCAGGUUGCAUACGAAAGAGUGCAGCUUUUCACCAGUGAACAAGAGCAAUACUUGGGAAACUUUGAGCAAGCCUAUGUCGCUGCAGAGGAACAUGAGAUUGGUGACAUGAAUGAAAAACUUGUUCGUUUGCAGUACGCUUUCUUUGGUAUCGAACCCAACCUUUCGGAGAUGGAUUUGGAGGAAGACAUCACGGUCAAAUUUGUCGAGGGUGUUGCAUAUGUCGCCAACUUGAAGGCACAGAGAUUUACGAGGCUCAGUCAAGGUGGUUUGGAGUUGCCUUUGAACGGCAUUAUGGAGCAACUUCCUUUCUUGUUGCGUGAUGUGGAAACUGCUGUGGAGGAAGUCAACACUUUAAGGGAGACUGGCCAGAGCAAACAACUCGACAAGAUUGACAUCUUCCCAUUCUUGAGGAAUGCUUUACAAGCAGCGAAAGAUGCUGAUCUGGCUUCAGCUACACCGGAGCAGGUUCUUUGA